AAGAUGUCUGGUCGUGGUAAAGGAGGGAAAGGCUUAGGGAAGGGAGGUGCCAAGAGGCACCGUAAGGUCCUUCGCGACAACAUCCAGGGCAUCACGAAGCCUGCCAUUCGCCGCUUGGCUCGUCGUGGCGGAGUGAAGCGGAUCUCCGGGCUCAUCUAUGAAGAGACCCGAGGCGUCUUAAAGGUCUUUUUGGAGAACGUUAUCCGGGAUGCCGUUACCUACACCGAGCAUGCCAAGAGGAAGACUGUGACUGCUAUGGACGUCGUUUAUGCUUUGAAACGCCAGGGUCGCACCUUGUACGGUUUUGGUGGUUAAAAAGCUGCAUUUCCACCGCUGACAAAGCAAUCCAAAGGCCCUUUUCAGGGCCACC